CUUCAAUUUGUGCAGAUAUAAUGGCAAGCAAUAGUAGUGAUAAUAUUCAAGAAAUAUCAUUAGAUGGCCAUGAGCCAAAAUCUGAAAGUCUCGCAAAAUCUCUUCAGGGAGAUGAUUUUGGAGUAAAUGAAAAUUAUGUCAUUGUGGAUAUUGGAGCAAAUCUCACUAAUAAAAAAUUCACUAGAGAUUUGGAUUCUGUUGUGAGUAGAGCUCAGGAUGCUGGAGUGACUAAAAUUAUUGUGCCAGGCACAACUGUACAUAGCAGCAAGGAAGCUCUGCGGCUAACUCACCUCUACCCGGGGGUACUCUACUCAACUGCAGGAGUGCAUCCCCAUGAAGCCAAGACCUGGGGUGACGACACCCUGGAUGAGCUGCGCUCGUUGUUGCAGCAGCAGGAGGUCGUCGCUGUGGGCGAGUGUGGUCUCGACUUCAACAGGAAUUUCUCUCCUCCUGAGCUGCAGAUACAAGUUUUUGAGAAGCAGGUAGAGCUGGCAUGUACCUUGAAGAAGCCAUUGAUUGUCCACGAACGCGAUGCACACGCUGAGGUGCUGGCCGUGUUGAGGCGGCACACUGCUCAGCUACCAGCCUCCGUCAUCCACUGCUUCACUGGUGACGCCGACACAGCCAAGGCCUACCUUCAGUUGGGCUGCUAUAUUGGCAUUACUGGUUAUGCAUGGAAAGAUAAAAGCAGCGAAGGAGUUCGACAGAUUCUAAACGAUGGCAUCUUGCCCCUGGACCGUCUGCUGGUGGAAACCGACGCCCCCUUCAUGUACCCCAACACCCGUGCCUCCAAGCUGCCUCAGCACGUCAAGCAAGGACUGACGCAGAGGUCGGUGACGUUCCUGCAGCGUUACUGCACGUUUCAGCGAAACGAGCCGUGCUCCUUACCGGUGACCGUCGAGAUGGUCGCCGCUUACCUCAAGACUAAGCCUGAGCAGGUUGCUCUGCAGUCCACCUUCAACGCCUUCAAAGUCUUCGGUUUGAGCUCUUGAAACUUUUCUUCAGUAAAUCGAGGAGAUAAUAAGUGAUAUGAUCAUAUGAUAAGUCCAGUAGUGAUGGAGCUUGCUUGUAUAUGUCGGGGGUUUCUACAUCGUCCGUCAACAUGUUCAGUCAAAGGCAAGUUUUCCUUUAUUAUAUCAUGUCAAGAAUUGAGUUUUUUUUGCGCUGUCUUCAUAGGUUGAUUUUAUCCGCGUUGAAACUUUCGAAUACAACAAGUGGACCCGGAAAAACUUUCUUGAUCAAUGGAAUUGAAUUUUUUGUUAUAUUACAAACUCUAAGUUGUCACUCAUUCGAUAAGUAUCGAAAAUAACUCGCUUGAAUUUUCGAAAGAACAUGAGCUGCUGCCUCAUUUUAUUAUCUCUCUGCAUUGUUUUUUUAUUUGUGUUAAUUUGAAA